UUAGUAAAGAUGGCGGCCUCCAGGUCACCCUCACCACUCUCGCGCCGUCUACCGUAACUUUGUUUUUUGAAACGAAGGAAGUCCCGUUCGAGUCGGCGCUUGAGACCGAUGUGACGAUGAGGACGGGCGGCGGAGCGCUGGGAGCAGCGCUGCCUGUCCUCCGCCUCCUGCGGCGCUGCGGCGUCCAGGCAGCGGCCGAGGCGACGAGGUGUUCGCGGCGGCACCUCUCCUCGUCCAGGCCCCCGUGGAGGCUGCUGUUUUUCGGCUCGGAUCAGUUCGCCGUGGAGUCUCUCAAAGUCCUCGCAGCUGACAGGAGCGCCGUUGGGGGCGUGGUGGCGUCCCUGGAGGUGGUCACGUUGAGCGGCGACCUUCCGGUGUGGAGGUUUGCCCAGCAGGAGCGGCUUCCGGUCCACAGGUGGCCGCUGGGCGACGUGACGGGACGCUUUGACGUGGGCGUGGUGGUAUCGUUCGGCUGUUUGCUCCAGGAGAGACUCAUCAGCGCCUUCCCGCAUGGGAUUUUGAAUGUUCAUCCCAGCCUUCUGCCGAGGUGGCGCGGACCGGCGCCUGUCUUUCACACCAUCCUGCAUGGAGACGUCGUGACGGGCGUCACCAUCAUGCAGAUCCACCCACAUAGGUUUGAUGUGGGUCCGAUCCUGAAGCAGGAAGUCCAUCAGGUCCCGGGGAAGUGCACGGCUGAAGAGCUGGGAGAUGUCCUUGCCGUCAAAGGGGCUCGGCUGCUCAUGGACACGCUGAAGAUGCUCCCGCAGACCGUGGCCAACAAGCAAGAGCAGAGCCCGACGGGCGCCACCUUCGCCCCAAAAAUCAGCUCAUCCAUGAGCUGGGUGGUGUGGGAGGAGCAGACGUGCCAGCAAAUCGACCGCUUGUAUCGAGCCAUCAGAUCCAAGAUUCCUCUGAGGACCACUUGGAUGGGUCGCACCGUCAAGCUGCUGGACUUUGUGGGACAGUGUCACAUCUCCUUAGCAGAUCCUAGCAGGAAGUCCAUGCCUGGCUCAGUCAGCUUCCACAAAGAGUCCAACAUCCUCGCUGUUCGCUGCAAGGACGGCUGGGUGGGCUUCAAGGCGGUCCUCCUGAAGAAGCGUCUGACGGCGGCUGACUUCUACAAUGGCUACCUGCACCAGACGCUGCUGCCUCACAAGACUCCGCCCCAUCAGACGCCCGGGGGCGUGUUCCUCAGCCGGAGGGGAGGGGCUGAGGCACCUGCCACUCUGCUGAAGGAUAAAAAAACAAACUGUGUCUACUGAUGAGGAGUGGGUGUGGCAUCGGGGAACGGCAGUCGUUGACUUCCUUCAAGAGUCGUAACAAAUUCAUGUACUCACCGCAUGGACACAAAACUAUCAUGGAAACGUUUUUUUUCAUAUAAAGGGAUAUUUCAACACA